AUGGACAUCAAACAGCUGUUCUUACUCCCCGAGAACAAACCAAUCUCAUGUGUUGAGAUGCAUACGUGCGGCGAACCUACGCGAAUUGUUAUCGGCGGAUACCCAGACUUACAUCAUGGAACGCUGCUUGAACAGCGAGCUGAAGCGAAAACCAAAUAUGACCACAUCCGAGAACGGGUUUUGCUGGAGCCUCGUGGGCACUAUGACAUGUAUGGCGCCAUUCUUCGACCGAAAACAGAGCUCACAAACAGUGGCGAAGCUGAUAUCGGUGUUCUCUUCAUGACCAACGAUGGCUAUUCCACAAUGUGUGGUCAUGCCACUAUUGCGUUGGGACGUUUUCUAGUCGAUACUCAUGACCUCGACAUAUUCCCGAGAAGAAAUCAGAUACGUUUCAAUCCUCACACUCGGUAUGCCGUCCUCAACCUUCAUGCUCCAUGUGGGCUGGUGGAGGUCUCCGUACCUACCAAUGAAACUGGUUCGGCAUCGGACCCUCAACGUCCUGUCUCCUUUGUGUCCGUUCCCUCUUUUGCAACAGGGGUCAACAUCGCAAUUCCUAUACCUGCCCAUCUACGUUGGCCGGAGCUCCAAGGUAGCCGAACGGAGGUUCAGGCGGGCUUCGCGUAUGGCGGAGCAUUUUAUUGCAUUGUCGCAGCCACGGGGCUAGGAUUCGCUAAUGGCUUGAAAGCAGUCGACCUAGAAGCACUGAACCGUGCCACACGGGGUCUCAAGUCAGCCAUACUGGACAAUCCAGGUCUCGCGCGCUACUACGAGCAUCAUUCUGAGCCCGAGAUGUCCUUUCUGUACGGAGUCAUUGUUACGGACAAAAUGGACGUGCAACAUGACGCGGUGUCGGGUUCCGAGCUGGGGGUCUGCUACUUUGCUGCCGAAGAAAUUGACCGGUCCCCCACCGGAAGUGGAGUGGCUGCUCGUGCAGCACUCGCAUACCUUGAUGGGACUCGCGAAGUGAACGCGUCGUGGGCAUAUCAUUCAUUGGUCUCAAGGCUUGGGAUUGGUCCGCCCUUUAUCGGGACGAUUGUAGAGGGAAAGACGGAUGUCAAAAAGACUGAAGACGUGCAAGUCAGAGUCAAGGUCGAAGGCCAUGCUUACUACACCGGCUUCAGCACGUUCUCGGUCGAGAAGGAAGAUCCACUGGGAGACGGUGGGUUUGCUUUCCGAAACCUAGGUGUCGCCUGA